AGUGUAAAGUGAUCCUAUGUAUUUGAAGAAUGCUUACCUCCUAAAUCUUUUUUAUUAUUAUCAUUAUCAAGUUUCACGAUUGAACGGUAUCACCACUUACACAGAAGAUCAUAUAUAACGAUAAGCACCUGUUUAAAAGACGGCGGAGCAGCACGUUCUUGGCGUAGUGUUUCGGAGAUCAUCGAAGAAAGUGCCUCAGUGAUUUUUUUUGGGAAUAGUGUGAGAAUUUGUGCUUCCAAGAUGAGGUGGCUCUUAAUGAUUUGCCUCUUUGUGGCAUAUUUUGCCAAUUCGCAUCAAUUUUUUCCACAAAUUAAGAAAACAGAAGCCGAAUUGAGAAGGGAUAUGGCUGAUCUCCUAAUACGUGAACUUGAGGAACAUCGUAAGACGGGAAUUGAAACGCCCAUCAUGAAAACUCUCCUGAAGGCUUUUGAGGUGCCCAAAGAAUUGUUGAAAUUCGAAGGACCCGAAGUGCCCAUCCCCCGUGAUGAUGCAAUGUGCGCCCUGUGUAGUUCCGUAUUUGGGAACUUUAUCGAUCGUCGUCGUAUUGAGGGACAAUCGAGGGAUGAGAUUGCAGCAUUUGCAAAGGAAUUCUGUGCUGCUCUCCAGAUUUUCCCACCACGCGUCUGUGAUGGAGCUGUGGAGCUCAAUGCGGACAUUGUUGUUCACAUAAUCGACAAUCGCCCACAGAUCGAUGAGAGCCAUCUCUGUGCCUUUGUCUUCCAAAACCUCAAUUGCCCAGCAGAUAUGUCAGGCUUCGAGUGGUCCAUCAAUAUUGAUCCCAACAAGCCUCCUCUAACAGGAGACAAGGAUCAGUCGGUGCCAAAUUCACCAAAUGACAUUAAAAUUGUUCAAGUGUCUGAUCCCCACUACGAUCCCAACUACCAAGAAGGAACCAGUGCUGUAUGUGGUGAGCCAGUCUGUUGCAGAUCAGAUCAACCUCUACCACCAGGAUCUCCUGCAAGUGAUGCUGCUGGCUACUGGGGUGAUCUUCGUGACUGCGACAGUCCCUUCCGUGCUGUACAAAAUGCCUUCCAACAUAUCAGAUCUCAGCACCAGAACAUCGAUUAUGUCUACUUUACUGGAGAUAUCGUUGAUCACGGUAUCUGGGCAACAUCGUUCGAUUGGAAUAAAAAUAGCAUUAGGCGCGUUCAUACUGCUUUGCGUGAGAACUUCGGAGGACUUCCUGUAUAUCCGGUUAUCGGGAAUCACGAAGCACAUCCUACAAAUGUUUUCGCUCCUAGCUCAAUAAAUGAUCCUCAGCUCUCUACGCAGUGGCUGUAUGAUUUCCUAGCAGAUGAAUGGUCAUAUUGGCUGCCAGCUUCAGCUCUGGCAACUGUGCGUCAAGGUGGCUACUAUACUGUUCAAGUUCGACCUGACUUACGCAUCAUUGCAAUCAACAACAACGAUUGCUACACUUUCAACUUCUGGCUCCUGUAUGAUCCACAGUACCCACGCUACCAACUCCAGUGGCUGCAUGAUACACUUCUUGAGGCUGAAAGGGCUGGGCAGAAGGUUCACCUCCUUGGGCAUGUACCAUCAGGCGGUGGAAGCUGCCAUCGCGUGUACUCUCGUGAAUAUGCUAAACUUGUUGAGCGAUUCUGGAAUACAAUUAGUGCGCAGUUUAUGGGACACACCCAUGCCGAUCAAUUUACAGUCUUCUACGCACAAUCCAAUCCCUAUCAGGCGGUCAAUGUUCAAUGGAAUGGUGGCAGUACCACGGCGUUCAGCGAUGUGAAUCCAAACUACAAAGUCUACCUUGCUGAUCCUCAGACGUACCAAAUUAAUGGACAAGAAACAUGGAUCUACAACCUCACACAAGCCAAUCUUACCCCACAACUCUACCCAAGUUGGUUUAAGGAAUACGAUUUUGAACAGGAGUAUGGAAUUUCGAAUUUGAGUCCUGCUACUCUGAACAGUCUAGCUGGGAGAAUGGCUGAAAAUCGUCAGUUGUUGCACAGGUACUGGGAAUUGACAUCGUCCAUGGGAGAUACUUCCUUGGCCAAUGGAUGCGAUGACAACUGCCUUUCCAACACACUCUGCCAAAUUGCCCAGAAUAUUCAUGGUGAUAGCCCACGCUGUGAUCAGCUUCGAAUUAUUUUCUGGGCAUCACGCAACAAGGCGUAAAGUGUGGCGAAAAGAUGAAUGUAACUUACACACAUAAAGACUUCCAAAAGAUUAAUCAAUAAAAACAUGAGUACAUAAUGUA